AUGAAAAUUAAAAAAUAGAAAGCUUUAAGAUCAAAAUAUAAAAGUAUAAACUCAUCCGAGAGAGCUUUAAUAAUUAAUUAUAUUGAGGAAUACAAGUACUCUACUGCUCAUGUAAGACUAUAUGGAAUAUUAUUAUAAAGGUUUCUAUGAUAACAGGGCAUAAUGCUUCAACUAUAAAAGCUAUAUAUUAAGUUUAUAAAAAACAGGGUCGGAUAAAUAAGAAAGUUAAAAGGGAUAAGAUUUUGAAUCUAACAUUUCAAUUCAUGUUGUUUGUAUAUGAUGAUCCGUAAAUUAUUAUUUGAUGUAGACAAGGAAACCUGACCAAAAUAAAUGUGGAGUAACAUGAAUACUAAAAAUAAAUUGUAGAAGACCAGCAAAUGAAUUAAUAAAAUAGCUAAGAAUAAGCUAUAAAACGAAUUUUAGAAUACAACUAAAUCAAAAUUAUGAACCUUCUGGAUAAUGCAAAUGCCAUAGAUACAUUUAAAUAAGAAAUGAAAAUCAUUUAAUCUUAGGAACAUCCUAGUCAGUAAUUCUCUUCCUUACCACUUUUUUCAUGUUUUAAUAGCAAUGAUAAUAAUUAAGCCAAAUUCGUAAUGAAAAAAAACUUAAAAUUUAUGUCUAAACUUUUCUCUGAAAAGCAAGAUGAUACUAGAGAAGAUGGGGAAAGUAAGUUAAGCAUUGAGAAAAAACUUAAUGAAUAAUAUCGAUUAAUGAGAAUGUGA